AUGGCACCAACAACCACAACUGAGGCAACUACAACCGCAACUGAGGCACCCACAACAACCACAACUGAAGCAACAACAACGACAACGGAGGCAACUACAACCACAACUGAAGCACCCACAACAACCACAACUGAAGCAACAACAACUACAACUGAAGCAACAACAACCACAACUGGGGCACCCACAACAACGACAACUGAAGCAACCAUAACCACAACAGAAGCCCCCACAAAAACCACAACUGAAGCAACCACAACAACAACUGAGGCCACUACAACCACAACUGAGGCCCCUACAACAACCACAACUGAAGCAACCACAACAACCACAACUGAAGCAACAACAACCACAACUGAAGCAACAACAACCACAACUGAAGCAACAACAACAACAACUGCAGCAACCACCUCCACACCUGAGGCAACUACAACCACAACUGAAGCACCCACAACAACCACAACUGAAGCAACAACAACCACAACGGAGGCCACUACAACCACAACUGAGGCCCCUACAACAACCACAACUGAAGCAACCACAACUGAAGCAACAACAACCACAACUGAAGCAACAACAACCACAACCAACAACAACGACAACGGAGGCCACUGCAACCACAACUGA